GUGCCCAAACAUCCAUUCAUCACAACCAUGGUAAACACAAUGAAAACCAGUUGCACAAGUGAGAUUACACGUCCAAGCUUUUAAAGGGUUAAAAACGUGGACGUGUGGCUGAGCAAAACCUUGAUAACAGUGACAUCAAGGCUCUUACUUGUCUCCUAGAUGGAGAGAGUAAGACUUCAGAAGUAGAUCUUUAGGUCUGACUCGGCACUGAUGCGCGCCGACCUUGGAGUCUUCAGACGCACAGCGGUGGAUUUUGCGCACUGAAGUAGAGCUGAGGAGAGCGCACAGCGAGCGGACAGCUGUCUCACUGACUGCAGUCCUGCCACUGGGAUACGGGCUCACUUGGCUGUACUUUAACGCGUGCAUCGACAUCUUAUUAAUAACAUUGCUCCGGAUUGAGUAGGGGAAAAUAUAGCACAGUUUAUUUCGGUUUUGGCUUGAUUCGCAACUUAGAGGAGUGUUGUUGCAACUGAGCCGCUGAAUGUAGACCUUGUUUGUAGAAAAAUCCAAGAGUCCCAGCUACUCCAGGAAAAUUCACUCAACAUCCCGAUAGACGGAGACGCUUUGAGAGGAUUUUAGGACUCUUCCCGAUAAGUGGAUUGAACAACGAUGAUUCCGGUCGCCUUACCCAACUAAGUGAGGUAUUGCCUUUGCAAAACGGUGAUCACAGCGAUGUUUCAGCGGCAUGUGCGUCUGCCUCUCUCCAAAUCUUCCAGAGGGGGUUUAAGCGCCGCUCAUCUUGAAUAAGUCGAGAAGUCAUUGAAGAUGAGUGCACUGCAAACGGUCCUGUUUCUUUUCCUCCUGCACCAGGUUACAUGCAGGAAGGUGCACGGAGGAGCCACAGAGCUCAUCGAGUGGGGAGACAGUAAUAAUGAACAGAGGAUCUCUCCCACGGGGGCCAGUCCACGGAUCCUCAACCCCCUGCGUUUGUUUGCCAGGGGCUCCCCCGGGUUCAAGAGCAACAUGAGGGAAAUAACAUAUUUACAGAACACGGAGGACUUUUGGGACUGGUUAUCUAACCAGACAGAUGUUCAGGGUGCACAGGCCAGAACUAAACGCAGGCCCAUCGUCAAGACUGGCAAGUUCAAAAAGAUGUUCGGGUGGGGGGACUUCCACUCCAACAUCAAGACUGUCAAACUCAACCUGCUGAUCACAGGGAAGAUUGUGGAUCACGGGAAUGGCACUUUUAGUGUUUACUUCCGCCACAACUCCACAGGUGAGGGGAACGUGUCGGUCAGCCUGGUGCCGCCCUCCAAGGUGGUGGAGUUUGAGAUCGCCCAGCAGUCCACGCUGGAGACCAAAGACACCAAAUCAUUCAACUGUCGCAUUGAGUAUGAGAAGACGGACCGCAACAAGAAGACUGGCCUGUGCAACUAUGACCCAGCCAAGGUGUGCUAUCAUGAGCAGACGCAGAGCCACGUGUCCUGGCUGUGCUCAAAACCCUUUAAGGUCAUAUGCAUCUAUAUAGCCUUUUACAGUGUAGACUAUAAACUGGUGCAGAAGGUAUGCCCUGACUACAACUACCAUAGUGACACACCUUAUUCCUCCACAGGAUGACCUAGUGGUUGUAACUGUGCAUCAACCUUCUAUUUUAUCUUCAAAUAAUGUAAAUGUCAACAUCUAAGCUCGUUGUCCUGAAAUACCUAAAUACCUGAGAUGUGUUGCAGGAGGUGCAACUUAAAAUGGGACACACAAUGGAGGGAUCUGGCACGUUAUUACUAACCUUUUGUAUAGACUGCACCAGUACACUGCUCUAACACUUCAGAUAGUUAGGUAUCUAGGGACUUGGUUUUAGGGGUUGACUUGGGAUUCAGAGCUAGCUAUCAACCCUGGGUGACUCCUUCCCAUCACAACAACACAUGUUCUCUGUAAACCACAGGAAUAAUUAGUAUGUGGUACAGAUGUUUUCUUCAAGGCUAGACCAUAGGCAAGCAUCCUCUCUGUUGGAAGUGUAUAGUUGGCCUCUCUACCAGAGCUGCACUGAUGCAAGCAUUAUCAAACAAUUUCCACAUCUCAUUUAAACAGUCAGUUAUUGGAUGAAAUAUGUCAAGACUUUGAAUCACGUUAAUAAUUACAGUUCCCACACAUGUGAAUUGUUAUUCAACAGGGCACAAAAUUAGAUAUUCCCCAUUUGAAAUGUUGCUACAUCUUGACUGAUUAGUCAAAAUGAUCUGUUCAUUGUCUUUGAAGUGGAGCUAACAUUCAUUUGUACCUGUUAACAGAACACAGACAGAACAGUGUCCAUUAUUUCAGAUUAGUUUGAUUAAAGGGUAUUUUUUUCAAGUAGCUCCAAAUAAUUAAUAAUUAACGUAAUCUUUUAUCUCCCUUAUCUGUCUCUUGUAGGGACUAAAAUAAAGUGAACUGAUUCAUUAAACCCAAUUGUAAGUGCUCAAGACAAAAUGAAUUGAUCCAACAAUCUAAUCCAAAAGCAACUUGAGAGCAUGAUCAUAAAUCACUACACAUACAUGUAGGUACCCAUCGAUGUAUAACCCUGGCUGCUACCUUGUUUGGCCCUUAAAAUGCGUUGGUUUUUAUCAUCAUCACAAGGCAUGUGUAUGCUAAACUAGCCUGAAAUCCAACAUCUGUGUUUGUAGGAUGCACUUUGAGGCAUCAGCCUGCCGUGCAAGCCCCGGAGUGGAUUAAUGUGUCAGGAGAGGCGGGGGGGAGGGAGCGAUAAUUGCAGGACAGGUGGAUUUAGUGAGUCUGGCAGACAAUUAUCAGCACUUUGUCAUGGUCCUGCCACAAGCCCUGACAUUACCUGUCUUUAAUAGGCUUUAAUUAGCCUGGGAAAUUUCAUUUACCUAAGACCAAGAGUGGAGAAACCAAAAGCAAAAGCAAAAAAGAAAAAGAAAAAAGAAAAAAAAGGUACAGAAUCCGUCUGGAAUUUUAAUGAGAAAUGGGACUACUAAGUUUGAAAAUGUCAGACAUUUCCCAGUUGUACAGCAGGCUUAAACUGAAUAACUUUUGUGUAAAAGUGGAUAACAUCCAGUCUCAUAGUAAAUGGUGUAAUGUGCUUUGACUUAGCAAUCACAAAACCAUUUUAAAAAGGUUUUGUUGAAAACCAUCUACGCAUUAACUGCCAUGAGUUGUGUUGUGUGCACAUAUCCAGGGGUUUUAGGCUAAGGUAUGUGCCACUAACUAAUCACAUUUCUGUCAUUUUAUUUGCUGUAUCUCAUGUCUUUUCCCAUCUGCUGUAAAUGAUCUUGUCAAAUUACACAUGUGGAGAGGUGUAUGAUAAGGAAAUACCUAAAUCCAAGUUGAUCUAUGUUGAUGUUUUAGUUUCUACUCCUUUGUGACAAUGCUGUGUAUUAUUGUGUAACUCUAAAACUAAACGUGUUUAAUUAUGGCUUCAGAGUAAAUGAUGUCAAUUUAUUCAAAUUUUUCAAGAGAAAUAUAUCAACGAGUAUACUGGUCUUUAUUUUUGGUGUUCGUACAGCGAUAUCAUGUAGAUAGAUGUCAUAUUUAUUGCUUCUAGUUAUAGAUUGCUUGCUUAAUCUUGUUUAAAGUUUCCCCUGUAAAAUAGGAAUAAGAGCACUGCUGCUGUGUGUAUAGUGUAAGUACAAAUGUUCAUUUUGGAAUAUUUGAUUUCAUAGGGGGCUACUUUUGUUAAAUUGAAAUUGUAAAGAUGAAUUUUAGGUUUUUAUGGCAUUAAACCUUAUUUGAACUUGGCUUACAGCAUACUGUCA